CAGAAGAGAUCUUCAGCCUCCAGUUCACAGUGGGAGUUGUCCCAAUCACCCCACUCCACAUGCUCUUCACAUUGUGGGAGCAAGAGGCCUCUGUUCCUACCAGGAUAUCCUUGGUAGUGCCAAAUCCUUCAUGUAUGGGGAAGGGUUGUACUGACACAAUCCCUAGGGGUCCUGUAGAUAACAAACAGACCCAGUGUCCCAGCAUCUGAUAUUGUGCAGAGUUCUGUCCCUUCCUGGGAGCAGGCACAGGCACUUGCCAUUUCUUGGAUGUCAAGUGCCAUGGGGAAGCAUGGCGCCUCCAAGGGCUUUGCUGGGGGAGGGGGAUGCAGAGCUGCUGUUUUUUCAUCAAAAACAUUUCAUCCUUUUUGUGCAGAGGAUUAAUGAAAGCAGGGUGAGUGACACCGCAUACAUGACCUUCCCUAGCUCCCUCAAGGUCUUUCUCUAGGUUUGGAUCACUUGAACAAACGCAGCAUGUGAAGGCUGCCAAGUACAGAAAACAACCACAAAUGCGCUCACUCUGUGGCAUGAGGACUCACUCCAUGGAUGCAGCGUGUCAAUGAGGGGCAGCCACAAGCCAGACAGCUCAUGUCCAUGACAGCUCAGCUGAAGCAGCUUGUUCAUUUUCCUCCUAAAAAGCCUGCAGCUCACGCAAGGUAGAGCCAUGCACCACAACAGUGGGUAUUUCUUUCAUGCUCAAAGAACGUAGCUGUUUGAAUGAGCUUCCUGAGCAAGCAGUGCUGAGUGGAUUUCCUGGUGGUGAUGAGCAAUGUUCACAUGCUGCCUGGCAUCGCUCUGCCACCAAGGAGCUCUGGCAGGGCUGAGGUUCAGGGCUCACAGAGCAGCGGAGCAGGUGGGAAGGAGCAUACAGACCCCAUUAGCUUCCCCAUGGGUGGGUACAGCCUCACUGGACAGAAGGAAACAGAAUGGGGCCUCCAAAAAAAUUUUGAAAAGCCACAGCUGCAAAAUUUAAGCCAGGCAAUCCUCACAAGGUGCCUUGAACUGGGAGCACAUGGGGAGCAGACACAUUUAGGGGCAGUGGGUUCAAGGGCAGAGACAGGGUGGAAGGACAGGUGGCCUGUGGCAGAGCCCAAUGCUCCUGGGCAGCUUUCCAAGGCAGCUCUUGCUCAGCUGACGCUCACACACUGUGAUGCCAAGGCUCGCACCAAAAGUCAUUAAAUUAAUGACAUCCCUGUCCCAGCCUAUAUGGGAAACCUGUGCACCCAUGUGCCUGGUGGAGGCUCUCGGCACACUGGAGGGUGGAGGCUGGGCAAAGUGGCAACAACAGACUUCUUAACCCAACAUCCCUCUGUGCCAGGCAGCGAACAUCCCCACCAGCUCCACAACAUCCUGGGACCCUAGAUGGGGCUCCAUACACAGCCCCAGACACGCACAGCCCGGCGGUGGGUGCAGCACCUGCGGGACCCUCUCGGACGUCCCCAGCGCUGCCUGGCUCACCCUCAGCAGCCCACAGCCCCUGGCACAAAGGCUGUGACAACGCCUUCAUUUAUCUUUGUUCUGCAGCAACAGUUUUGCUACUCAGUAGGGGCUUCAUCUGAGGCACACGGGUUCACAAGCACAUUUAAAAAAAAAAAAAAAAUGAGAAAAAAAAAAAAAGGCAGCACACGAAGAGGGAAUAAACAGCAUCUUCAGAAAUAUCUUCCAAAAGAAAGAGAGUGGUUUCCAUUUCACAGCCUGUUUACCAAUAACCUUGAGCACCCGUGGGUUUGCACAGGGCAACAACCCCCUCCAGCACACCCAGGCAGGGGAGGACCAAAGCUCUCGGCACCGCAGCCGGGCCCCCGCUGCACAAAAAUCAGCAGCAAAUGGCAAAUGCAGGGAGAGGACACAGCGGCUGCAGGGCGCUGCUGCUGAGGACUUCAGCAGCAUUCCAGCAGCUGCAGGCAGUGCGAGCGCUCCAUCUCCCGGCCGCGCCGCGCCUGCACCCGCUGGGGGUGUCCCCAGGUUGAGCUCUGCCGGGCCAUGGGUGCCCUCUCCCCCGCUCCGUCCCCACGCCUCGGACCUUACCAGGCUGUUCCUGUCCCCAGCAGCCCCACGCUGUCCCCACGCAUCCCGCUGCAGACCCCAAAAGAGGCUCCCAGGCUGCUCCGGGCUGUAUUUCAUGAGGGCAACAAGCCCCAGGCUCUGCCCUAUCAGCACCCUGCAACUGCCUGCAGGUGUGGGGGCACCGCAGCCCCGAUUAACCCUUUCUCUCCUUGGGGAAGUUGGGGGGUGGGGUUGGAACACGGCAAGCCCUCACAGUCCUUCCUAGGAGACCCACAAACAGAAGCAGCCAGACCUGGAGUCGUAACCAGCCAUGGAGCUGCCAGCCCCACGGCACCCACCCCGCGGCCACCAGCGCCCCCAGGCACCCUGGCCCCUUCAGCCAUUCGUCCUCACCCAAAACUUCUACCCUGCAGGUAGGGUCCGGCCCUGCGGCCCACAGAUGCUCGAUGGCAAACUCUGCAUCCCUCCCUUCAUCGCAUCCUGCCCUCCUCCUCUUGCCCCCACCCUGGUUCUGGAGGUGACUGAUGGUGGUUCCUUGUCUCUCUCUCUUCCAGGCUUGCCUAACCCCAGGCUGGAGCACCCCUUCCAGGCACCCCCAGCUAUGGUGGCAUCUGGCAUGCCCCGGGCCCCCCCUCCAGGUCUCCAGAUGGCUCCAUGUGGCUGCUUCUUCGACCCCCGCGUCUUCCACAUAGAGUGGACCACCACCAACCUCCCCUCGCCAGCAACCUUCACGCUCGUUGGCUCCGCUUCACUGCCCAGCACUGCCCCACGGGGUCCCCAGAGCCGUGAGGCAUCCCCAGCCUGGGUUCCCCCCCUGCAGCUCUUCAUGCCCUAUGACCCUCAGGGGAAGGUGGCAGUCCCUGCCCCCCCAGUGCUGCCACCAUCCUUCCCCAGCUUCCAGCACCUGGAGGGUCAGCUCCAGCAGAUGAAACUCUCCAGCACAGCUGUCCCCAUGGAGGCAUCCAUGGGUGGGGGCACCCCCCUGGGUAGCAAUGACCCUGAGGACAGCAGCAUCUCCCUGAACAGUGACAACCCUGCUGAUGGUGACGUAGCCCUGGGCAAUUCCAUCAUCCCUCAUACCCAAACAAUGGGACAUGCCCUAGAGAGCCCCAUGUUGCUGCCUGAGGAGGUGCUGCUGGAGGAGGCCAUGAGGCUCUUUGACUGUUCCCUGGGGGCAGGGGAGUGCAGCCAGGGCAGUCCCAGCAGUGUCCCCAUACCUGAGGACCCCAGUGACACCAACAGCUCCAACCCCUGCUACGACAUCAGCUCGCUCUGGCUGCCCGAGGAGAUGCUCUCCUCUGACUACAGCAUCCCUGAGGCCUCCAAUGCCAUCCUAAGCAUGGAGCACCUUGAGGAGAUCAGGCUGAACCUGGAAGAGCCGCAGUGGGACCUGCCACUACUGCUGUCACCAGAGGACAACGCAUUUCAUCCCAACACCAAGCUGGAAAAGCGAGGGAAAAAGCGGCGGAACAGAUCAUUGCCAAAAAAAGGCAGCAAGCCCAAAGCCUCCACAGCCAGCGCUGGGGUUAGAGGGCAGCACUAAAGCCAUUUUAGGGGUGGGAGGGAUGGGGAUAAGGAGGAAGGGGAUAAGGAUGUAGUAGGUUAGCUUUCAUCUCUCUCCCCCCUCCAAAAAAAAAAAAAAAAAAAAAAAAGUUAAUUAUUCAGAACUGCAUAGGACUCCAUGCCUGUGGGGGUGGAGGAAAUGCAGAGACAGCAGGAAAUGGCAGAGGUACAAAAUCAACACUGAGCCCCAAAUGAGAGCCACCAAACCAUCCCCAGGAUGAAGCCAUCACCAGCAAGGCAGACAAAUGUAGUAGGUGGACCUCCCAGUCCCUUUGGGAGGGGGGAGCUCUUUGGUGGGACAGGCCAGGACAGACAGGUCCAUGCAGGACUCACAAACACAGCCCCAUGUUGGAAGUAGCAUCCCCAGCGCUGCACUGAGCCCCUGGAAUGAGAACAGGGGACAAAAAUAAAUAAAUAAAUGCUGUACUGCCUUCACAUUGAGCAUAGCCUGCAUCCUCUCUUGUAGGGGCAAGGGUCAAUACAAAGCACUUAUAGACCUCAAGGUAAUUCCCAUUCUUGGGUCCCACCAGACUCAGCUCCAGAGCCUGGCUCAUCCUCACUGCUGCAGGAAAAUAACCCCAAAUGACCCAAAGAAUGGCAAGGGAUGGAGUUGCUGGCAGGCAACUCCCUUCUCCCCUUGUCUCGCUGCACCUUGGACAGCCACAACACCAGGAAAGUAAGGAAAAAGACAUC